CUCUCUGGCGCGGAAAAUAUCUUGGGUUUUUUCUCGUUUUCGAGCUCUUUCCAUGAAUGAACCAUCUUCCAAAGCUUUAUUGGGGAAUUUCCAGCCCGAGAUUUACGGAUUAAGCAAAGAUUUUCGAUUGACACGGUUUACUGUACUGAAGGGAUGAGGUUGCAAGGUUCCUCAAGCAGAAUUGAAAAAGCUGCUUGAGGGACUGGAUUGCCCUCGCUCCAUCGCCGGAUUCGGCGACACCCCCUUGAUGUCUGUAGAAUUAGAUUGUUGUGUUCUUCCUUUGCGUAAUAAUUUCAAGUUAAUACAAACAACUGACUUUUUCUAUCCUCUAAUUGAUGAUCCUUACACCAUGGGUUGGAUAACAUGUUGCAAUGUGCUCAGUGAUCUGUACGCAAUGGGUGUCGUGCAUUGCGACAACAUGCUCCUUUUGUUGGGUGUUGCUCAGGAGAUGACUUCACAGGAGAGAAACGUAGUCAUCCCUAUUCUUAUGCAAGGAUUUCGAGACUGCGCGCUUGAGGCCGGGACUUAUAUCCGUGGUGGUCAAACUGUUCAUAGUCCGUGGUUGAUGAUGGGUGGCGUGGCCACCUCAGUGUGCAUGGAUUCGGAAUACAUCAUGCCGAACCAAGCCAAACAAGGUGAUAAGCUGGUUCUGACCAAGCCUCUUGGCACCCAAGUAGCCGUAAACGUCCACCAAUGGAUGCUCGAUAAUCACCCCUUCUGGCGUGAGACGUUGCAAAAUGUUACCACACCUGAUGAAGUGAAAAGUCUAUACCAGGCCGCUACCAGGUCGAUGGCCCAUUUAAACAAGACAGCCGCCGAGCUGAUGCACAAGUAUGGGGCACACGGUUGUACUGAUGUCACCGGCUUUGGUCUGGUCGGGCACGCAGACAAUCUGGCGAAAUUUCAGGCUAACUCUAACAUAUCCUUUCGAAUUCAUACUCUUCCGUAUUUGGCCAAUUCUGGGCUUUAUUCCAAGUCGCUAAACGACCGAUUCAAAAUUUCCAGAGGCUUGUGUCCGGAAACCUCAGGUGGCCUCCUUAUCAUCCUUUCACCUGAGUCGGCCGAGGCGUUUUGUGAAGAGCUCACACAGCUGGAGAAUUGUCCUGCUUGGAUCGUCGGCGAAGUUGUGGAUGCCGAAACCAAGAGUGCGUUUCUUGUUCCCGAGCCCAACUUGCUUGAAGUGGCGCACUCGCAGAUCGGUGCACCCAGGCGAACAGCACAAAAUUAACUGCUCGUUGCAGCAUUUAUCCAUCCCAUCUUAAUCGUUUUUGACCUAUUUUGUAACACUUUUGCGGUUGUACUUAUGACGCUGGUGGCGGAAACUCUUAAGCGUCAUCAUGCCGAUGCUUGUACCAACCGUAUUGCGGCGAAAAUUACAUUCCCUUUCUGUUGAUACGCCUCAGUAUGGGCACACCACUGAGUUUGAAAACAUUCACGGAAUUAAUGGG